CUUAUUGUUCUUUAUAAUAAUCUAAACAAUAAUAAUGAUUUCUUCUAAAAUUAUAAUAAUAUUAACAGCGAUGAGUAUUAUAAGCUACUGUGAUUCCAACAAAGAAGAUGAAAUUGGAUUUUUAAGCUACUGUAAUGUUAUGCAUUUUGAAAAUAAUGUUGAAUAUAGAUCAUAUGUAGAAAGUCACGAAGAAUGGGAUAUAAAAGAUUUAAGCGACACAUAUAAAUUCUUUGAUGAAAUAAAAGCAGCAGGAUGUGAUGAGAGUGAUAUUCCAAUGUCUCCAAUUAAAUAUUGUGAAGACUUCUAUAUUCGAGGUUAUUAUAAUCAUCUAAGCGAUAUUCUUAGCAAAGUGCAAGAAAAAAAGAGAUAUUUGACUACAAUAGAAUGGUGCGAAAAAGAAAAAUCGUCGAAUGAGUCUGAAUAAAAUACACCGUAUCAUGAACCUGAAUAGUUGAAUUGUUGUUUAAUUUAAUUAAUACCCUUUAAUUGUAUUUUUAAAUCUUUAAAAUUAAAAGAAAACUGA